ACGUAAACGGGAUCUCAGCUGUAUUAGCGGAAGACAGGAUUCAGGCUUCCAGUGACAACCGAAUCAGCGAUACGGGGAACUAGUCCAGGGACGAGCGAAUCAAAUCAGGAUUAAACAUACGCGUCUGCUCCACUGACUGCACUCGAGUCGAGAUUGAGAUUCAUUCAAAACAUCCUGUAGCCUAGUUGCAUUGCUUUUAUGUCACAUAUCCUUAUCGUACUUAAUACAGUACCAGAAUUGCUAAGGUAGCCCACUUCAACAAACAGGCAGAGCAUCUGCUCUUUAAAUCGUCGUGCAGGACAAUACACAGUACUGUAAUAUAUGUGAUACUAUAAGUAAAUAUCGGAUUUACUGUUUGCUCAAGAGUUUCUUUGGUUGGCUUCGAGGCACCAGCAAUGCUCUCUGAAAUACUGGGUUCCUGAUGCCCAGUUUGAACUGACCUGUAGUCUUCUGGCACCAAAAGAAAGAGAGGAUUUUCGGCAUUCACAAGACUAAAGACCUUUGGCUUUUGAGCAAAAGGUAUCAUGUCUUCCAGAGAGCGACGGUCUGAUUUGUACAUAAAGGCUGAACCCAGCAGUCCCGAGGGAGGAGGUGGUGGCAAUGGGAGGACCAGCCCGGGAGGAGCGUCCUCAGACUCCUCUCAGAGUGGAGGAGGGGGAUCCAGAGGAGAAAGUGCUGGCCGCUACUCCCCGCCCCCUUACACGCCUGCGUUACGUUGCCAUUUUAAGGAGGAGGGUGCGGAUGGAGCCGAGGAGGGCUCCACUGGUAGCGUAGGAGGCCGCUGCAAGUACACACUAAGCACGCUUCCCAAAAGGCUGUGCCUGGUGUGUGGAGAUGUGGCAUCUGGCUACCACUACGGAGUGGCUUCCUGUGAAGCCUGUAAGGCUUUCUUCAAAAGAACUAUACAGGGUAAUAUUGAGUACAGUUGUCCCGCCUCUAAUGAAUGUGAGAUCACCAAGCGCCGCAGGAAGGCCUGUCAGGCGUGUCGUUUCACCAAGUGCCUCAAAGUAGGCAUGCUCAAAGAAGGUGUCCGCCUGGACCGAGUUAGAGGCGGACGACAGAAGUACAAGAGACGCCCGGAGAUGGAGAAUGCUACAUACCAGAGUGCACCUAUACCUUUAAGGAAAGAGGGAGAGAAGGGCUCAUCCAGCAUCAUUGUGUCUCAUCUGCUGGUGGCGGAGCCAGAAAAGCUGUUUGCUAUGCCAGACCCCCUGCAGCCUGACACGGCCCAACGCACACUCACCACUCUCUGCGACCUGGCCGACCGGGAACUAGUUGUCAUCAUCGGCUGGGCCAAGCACAUUCCUGGCUUUCUCUCACUAUCUCUGGCUGACCAGAUGUCCGUGCUGCAGUCGGUGUGGCUGGAGGUGUUGGUGUUGGGGGUGGCGUACCGUUCUCUCGGCUGUGAGGACGAGGUGGUGUUUGCUGAGGACUUUGUGCUGGAUGAGGAGAUGUCUCGUGUGGCCGGUCUGACUGAACUCAACGCCGCCAUCAGCCAGCUCGCUCGCCGUUUCAGGGCUCUGCAGCUGGACCGCGAGGAGUUCGUCAUGCUAAAGGCCAUCGCUCUCACCAACUCAGAUUCGGUGUACAUUGAGGACAUGGAGGCUGUGCAGAAGUUACGGGACCUUCUGCAUCAGGCUCUGCUGGAGCUGGAGGUCCAGCGAUGCCCUGAUGACCCCCAGCGUGCGGGACGACUCCUCCUCACCCUGCCCCUCCUCCGGCAGACUGCCGGCCGAGCCCUCACCACCUUCUACAGCAUCAAGACCCGAGGUGGCGUGCCAAUGCACAAACUCUUCCUGGAAAUGCUGGAGGCCAUGAUGGACUCACCCUAGAGAAGAGACGACAGAUGGAUGACGGAUGGAUGGAAGAUGAAGAAAAUGGGCUACAUGUUUGCCCAGAGUCUUUUUGUAUAUUGCAAGGGCUACAAAAGCCAAAAGAAAACACUUUUUGGUGUUGAAUAUGAAGAAGAUGUUUUGUGUAACUGUCCGCCGGUACUGGUCUUUCACAUCCAAUCCACCUUCAUUUGAUUUUAAUGGGUAGCACGUCAACACAGGCUUGGGUCAGUUCAGACACACUUAAUAUUUCUAUCAUUGUUCGAGAAACCACAGACAACGUGUAAUUCAUUGUCACUCCACAGCCAUCCUGAUAAGUGUUUCUAGGAACUAACCGUUACUGUAAACUCAGAGAAAUUUACGUGCCAAGGACGUCUCCUGAGACUGCAGCAAUAUGAACUCUUCCCUGAAUCACACGAUUCAGCGUUCGUUAUCUCAUUCUUUAACAAUGGUAGGCCAACGAAACAAACACAAGUCACUAUCACUACAGUUCUAAUCAAGUAAGCUUAUUUUUCUCCUUAAAACAGUGCAUAAAAGGCACUUGUGUACAGUUAAUAAUGUCUUUUAUAAUGCACUCGCCAUACUACAAGUGCUAUCUAACUUUGUCCUGCUAGCUUUUUGUGGAAUAUGCAACACAUAGGUGAAGGAAAUACAGCUCAAGACAAACUUCAGUUUUCUGGGACACACUGGUACUGCAAAUAUACUGCAAAAUCAUAUGGAAAGCAAUAUGAAAGACUUCAUAACUCACUUGAUCUCUGUCAUGCCACGUCUUGCUUCAAAACAGAAUUUAGUAGUUUAGUCGCAUAGCAAGCAAAGUCAGUGUUUUUUAUUAUUAUUAUUAUUUUAUUUUUUAUUGUAGAACAUUUUUAUAAACCAGGCCAUCCUUUGUAUAAUAGCCAAUUGUUUUAAAAGAAUAAUGUCAUCGUUUUAGGAUAUGGAUUAUGUGAAUGGGAGAUUAUGGGUACUAAAUGCUGAACUGAACCAACAGUGUGUCUAAAUCGGGGUAAACUGACUGAAAGCCUCUGUGGUGCAGAUCAACAUUAAAUGCAAUUUGGAAAGCCUCACGAGGUGAGCUCAUCUUCGAGACUCUUCGUUCGGCUGUUUUAGGAUGUGUUUGCGUUGUCUCCUCAUAGUUGUUUGUUUGCAGACACUCGUCUGGUAGUAUAUGCAAUCAUACUCCGUUCAGAGUCAUACAACUCCUCUACCUUUUAUUUAUUCUACACAUGUGAAAACCGGAGGAAGAAAAGCCAGUUGCCGUUUUGGCCUCUUUACCAAUUUUAAGUACUAAAAAUGAAAACCACUGUUGUACAGAGUCGGACCUCGGAGGUGACACCAGAUCUUCAGGGGGAUGUUUUUCACUGUAUGCUGUUCGCAGCAAUGAUUGUAUGAGUGCUUUCAAAGUGGAAUCUUCUGAGGAUAGUUUCAGCUCAACAAUAGGUUUAAUCUGGGUCUGCAGAUUUCUAGUCCAAAAUACUGAGGGGACGUGUUGUGAUUCAGGCCUUUGGGUGAUCAUAUGAGUUUUUGUAGCUCAUUUUGUGCUUACGGCAUGGCUUUAGGAUUUGGUUUUCCAUAUAGACUAUGAAGCUUGGCCUCAGGUUUGGUAUUGAAAUAAAGCAAAUCAUUUGGGAGAAUGUUAUAAAAUGUCUGUUUUGUAUUGAAUUUUUUUUUUUUUUUUGAUUUAUCUUUUUGCAAAUUAAAGUACUUACUUUAAGACAUAUGAAAGCCAGUGGAUGUUAUAUUUUGCAUGUUCAUUUUUGUUUAAUAUAUAGUAUUGCAGUUUUCAAGCACUAAUAUGUGUUUAUCACUGCAAAACUUUCUCUGCUUUUCAUUUUUUUAUUAUUUUUAUUUUAUUUUUUAAUAUUUACAGUUUGGCUGUUAAGGGAAUUUUGGGAUAUUUCAAUAAAACUCUUUAUUUUUUUUAUUCAGUCUAUAUGCAUUUAUCAAAACUGUUUUUUUUUUUCUUCUAACAUUUCAGUAUGUUUGUUUUUUCUUUUGUGGACAGGAAGUUAAUGUCUCUCCUGAGUGGUUAUUGGGAUGUCGUGGACUGUACAUAACCAUGAAUGAAUGGGUCCAUUCAAAGACAGCUGUAAAAUAUGUCAAUGUUUGUGUCAAUAAUAACUCUAAUAUAAAGAUGAUAGUACAGUAGUGUUUUCAUAAUGGUAAGCAUUAUAUAAAGCCAUUUUGUCUGUCAGACUUAGAACAUAACAUAUGAUUGAGAGAGAAAUUAAAUACAUGGCUAGGUGUUUUCGUGUGUCUGUGUAUAUUUCUGUAAAUGAGCAAUACCAGAAUUUACCAAAAUGUUUGUUUUGACAUUUUUCUGUAUAUUGAUAUACUGUAAAUCAAACCUCAACAGUAACACUAGUGAUAACAGUCGAAAGUAAUAAGAACUACAGUAAAGAACAAAUCAAUAUUUGUAUUCCAAAAUGUAUUUAAAAGAUUAAAAUCUAUUUUUUACUCAAUUUGCGGAUGUUUAUUAAUAUUCUCGUUCUGGUAUUUGUGGGAGUUGAAGUCAUCUGAUUGUAAAUGUCUGUGCUUUUUUGUUUCCUCUUUGUAAAGCUCAGUGGUUCUGCAGUAAAACUGUUUCAACACUUUGGUCAUAUUGAAUCACUGUGAAGAGAAAGCAAACACUAAGACACCACAGGAAAAAUAGAGGUGUUUUAAAAUCUUGUCAGUGUCUAUAUGUGUUUUGUAAUAAAUUAACGCGUCAUUGGA